AUGGCGGCUGCGCCCAGCAUGUCGCCAGCAGCCUCCGCGCAGGAGAUGCAGGCGGAGGCGCAGGUGACGGCGGGGAUGCUGAAGCAGUUGCCGCAGGCCGUGCAGAAGCAGAUCGAGCAGGCGGUGAACGAGUACCGCCAGCAGCUGACGGACAUGGGCCAGACGGAUGAUUUGCAGAUGCUCGUCUGGAGAUUCUACACCCAGUGCGUGAAACAACUUCACCAGGAGCAUGCAAAGAAGAGCGCCGAGGCUGCCACUGCCGGACUCGAGGCGUCGUCAGCUCAAGAUGUUGGCGCGGAGCAGCACGACCAGACGUCGGUAGCGCCACAGGCCAGCCAGUGGGAGCAGAUUCAGCAAGCCCGGCUGCUGCAUCAGCAGAUGCAGAUGCAACAGGGCUACUUGCGGCCUCGGCUUGGAGCGCAUGGCAUGGGCAUGCGACCUGGCUUUGGCACCGUUCCAGGCAUCAUCAGACCCACUAGCAGCCCGAUGGUCGCGGGGUUUGGCGGUGGACACGAGGCCAUGUGCUCUGGGGCCGUUGGAAGUGGUGCUGGGACGGACAAGGAGCAGCAGGACGCUUCGAUGCAAGACGCAUCGCUCCCCGCUGGGAACUCAAUGACGGGCACGUCCGUUAAUGCCAACGGCGCUGUAGGUGCCACCCCUCUGGCGUGGAACCACUUCAACAAGCCAAGGACCCCAGGCACCCUGGGGUCCAACGGCCUGACCCUGAAGGGUUUCCCCCUAAAGGGUUUAAACAAAGGGGCGACCCCAGGGUUGCAGCAGGGCCACAAGGGCGGCAUGACCCUGGCGGGACAGAGUAUGAUGGGCGGCAUGUCUGGCUGUAAGGGCCAGGGCGGCGCGGCGUGGUGCAAGGGUGGCAUGGCAGGCUGCAAGGGCGGCAUGGCCGGCAAGGUGGGCGGCUUGGCCGGCAAAGGCCCGGCCAAAGCCGGGCCGCAGUUCCCCCCUGCGCUGCAGAGGUGGCUGAAGCGCCUGUUCGAGAGCAUGAACCCGCAGUCUGGGGAGACCAGGAGCUGCAGAAGGAGACGCACAAGUACCUGCGGCACUGGGUGCAGCAGUGGGUGA